AUUUUAAUUUGUUUUUUAUUUUAAAGUUUGAAAACUCGUCUGAAAUUCAGGAGGGAGCUGGAAGUGUUGGUGUCGAAAAUGGAUGUUAUAGUGGAGUACGAAUAUGUUGCACAAGAGCCAGAUGAAUUGAACUUAAAAGUGGGAGAUAUCAUAACAAAUGUCACAAAAGUCCAGGAGGGCUGGUGUGAAGGCAUACUCAAUGGCAAAAAAGGCUUCUUCCCAGAUAAUUUUGUCAAGGAAUACAAGGAAAAUAAGAAGCCCGAAAAGCCAAAGGACCUGCCACAGAAGCGAGCAUCAGGAGUCACGGACAUCAAGAACAGGCUGAACAGUGUCAUCAACAAUCCACCACCUGUUUUUGCUGUGCCACAGAAAAAGAAGAAAGCCCGAGCCCUGUUUGCCUACGUAGCUCAGAAUGAUGAUGAGCUGAACCUGGAGGUUGGACAGAUCGUUGAGAUCCUCAAACAGGAAGAACCAGGGUGGUAUGAAGGCAAGUUGAAUGGACAGACUGGUGUCUUUCCUUCAAAUUUUGUGGAACUGAUUGACUCAGAAGCUGAUGUGCAAGAACCUUAUGAUGCACCUGAGAUCAAAGGUCGGAAGGUCAUUGGAGUAGGAUUCGGACCAAACUUGUUCAACAAUGAACAAAUUUUAUUGAAGCCGACGAACAGAGGUCCCUUGUCAGCAGGUGCAUCAACGAGGCCAAACAACGUUCUCAAUAACAUCAGCAGUAAUGUAUCUAGCAAUGUGCCUACAGCUAUGCCACCUGUCCUAGAGUCUCGAAAGCAAGCAGCUUCUCCUCCUGUGACAAGAGAUGACAAAUCAGUUGCAGUAUUAAAAGCCAAAGCCUUGUUUGCAUACAAAGCCGAGAACCCUGAUGAACUUUCACUGACUCCUGGUGACAUCAUUGUGGUCCUUGAUCGGAAUCUCGAGGACGCCGGGUGGUGGAAGGGAGAUUGUAAUGGUAAUGUUGGUGUCUUCCCUGAUAACUUCGUCCAACUGUUACCCCCUGAAGAGCAGAAGCCCAAGAAAGUUGUUGAGAACACAUCUAAACCCUUCCCCGCUGUGCCUACCUCGAAGCCAAAGUUAAAAAACGAAUUCAAAUCUUCUUUCAAGUCACCCUCUCAACCUUGUGAGGCAGGAGAACCAAUUAAAUCUGAACCACCAUCAAAAGUACUUCCUGAUAAAAUCGCUCAGAAAAGACCUCAAGCAUUCAUUCCACACAAGGAGCAACCAAAAGAUGAGAAACCAAUAAUGAAGCAAGCGCAACCACCUGCUGCCAGCAGGAAAGAGGAGCUUCAUUCGCUCCCCGUCAUCCCGCCUACAACCUCUCAUUUGCCGCUACAACCCGGCAAACAAGCACCUGCUGCAACCACUGCUGCCGUUGCGGUGACCAAUGAGAUGUUUGCUGACCUUCAGAGGAAUGUUGAGCACUUGAAGGAGCAGCUGGAUCGAAUGAAGAAGGACCACGAGAAGACGCUACUUGAUCUGAUGGGUGAAAUUGAUGAGGAGAAGAAAACAAGGUACAACAUGCAGGUAGAGAUGGAUAGAUUGAGAAAGUUGAUCUCCUCCUCUGUCAUCAACUCUUGAAUCUAUCAAUCAAUCAAUCAAUCAAUCAGUUGGUCGACCGAUAGAUCAAUCAAUCAAUCGCUGCUAUACCUUUCUCAUGAAAAUUCAACGUUUUUAGUUAUUUAUUUUUAAUGAUUGUUUGCAGGGUUCAUGGUAGAGUUGCCUGGUGUAACAUUUGUGGUGUGGUAGGUGUGGUGUGGUAGGUGCGGUGUGGUAGGUGCGGUGCAGUGUGGCAGGUGUGUUGUGCUCGCUCAUCAUGAUGAGACGCUAUAAUGUAAAUAAAUUUGAUGGGAUUAAAGAUGCGUUAUCACUCAUCAUCCAAUUACUCCGUUGUUCUAUUUAAUACACUUCUGAUAUCCUUUAACCAGAACGUUUACAGAAAUAAAUGACAUUUUGUAAUGUAAAUAUAACCCACACUUGCUGUAGCUAAUAAUUUUUCAGUUGUUCAUAUGGGCCCGCCAUCUAAGGCUUAAAGUUGUUAUACAAAUUCUGUGUGAUCUGUUUGAUGAUAAAUCGUCGCGCCGUCGUCGUCAUUCGUAUUCCGAUUUGUUAAUAGAAAUCUUUUUCCAGAUUUGUAAUUUAUAUAAUUAGACCAGAGAAAUGAGUAUAGAAAGUUGAAUGAAAUUAAUUGGUGCACUGCAUAUCUCAGCAUGGAUUGAAACAACGUACUUUUUUUCUACUAUGCUGUUUCUAUUUACACAUAAUUCAGUUUUUACAGCUCGUUGACUAUUUUUUCAUUUUUUAAAAUUUAAUCUUAAUGAUAUGUACAUAUGAAAUUUUUGUAAAAUCAUUCCCUGAUUUGUAUGAAAUAUUUCUGUAAUUUUUAAUAAUUGUUUUCUAUCCAGUUAUUUAUUUUUUCCAGUUAAUAGUUGUAUCAGUUUUUUUCAAACUGUUUUUAUAAUUCAUCUUCUUGGCAUAUAAUGUAAUUAAUUAUUCGGUUAUUAAUUAAUAAUUAUUAUUAUAAGUGUAUGAAUCGAACGUUUACAUCGUUUAACAUUUUCUCUUCAUAUCAUCUUUAGAUGUGGGAUUUUUUUAAAUAUUAUGUAAUUAUUUUCUUAAUUGAAUGCUCUUUCGUGCUGUGCUUCAUUCAUACAACGAACCAACAAAGAGCAAGCAAUCCUGAGGCCUUGUCUAUCCCAUUUAUCCAUCAUUCACACUCACUUUAUAUGUAUUUCUUUUUUUAUUUAUUUUAAUUGAUUCUGCCAUAUAGUUUAUACAGGUAAUGAGUAGAAUCUUCAACAAAUAUUAUAUAUGUAUAUAAAAAUACGUAUAUAUACUUUUUAAAAUAAUGAAAGAGUAAUGAGCAAAUUUAACAUGGUCAGCUGGCAGCAUAUAGUAUGAAAAUUAUGAAAUUGAAUAUAAAUAUUUUUUAAGUUUACUUUUAACCGGAUAUUUAGUCCAGUAAAUUUUUUAAUAAUGACUUGAUUAAUAUGGUUAUCUCUAAGUUCAAUCUUCGUGACGUGUUUCAAUGGAAAUGAAUUGUGAUAAUUCUCAUUCCUUUCUGAGUUUUUAAUGUACUUCCAUUUUUACUGUAAAUAAUCAUUUUGUUUUAAUUUAAAGCAACAUUAAAUUAUUCACUCUAAUAUUAAUCAUAUUAUAAAAUUACAAAACUUGAUUCAUAUAAACUUUCAAGUUAAAAUUUUGUUUGUUUAUAGUUUAAGUAAUAAUUUGGUACUCAUUAAUGAUUUUAAAAUAAAUUUUUUUAAAAA